AUGUAUCUGACUGAUUUUUGUGAAUGCUUCAAUGACACUUCGCGUUGCGACGGCUACUUUGACUGUCUUGACGAAUCGGACGAAUCGUUGUGGUUGUGCAGCCAAGAACCUGAUACACGUUGUGACGGGGACGCCAUGAAGUGUGGGUUAUCGAAAAUCUGUCGCCCAUUGAAUUCCCGGUGUGACAUGGUGAAGGAUUGCCCCGGCGGAGAGGACGAGUUCGACUGCCCAACCUCCAAAAGUCCUCCAGUUAUUGGCAAUUGUGACUACGGGCAGUUCUUUUGCGACGGUCUUUGCAAGCCAGCGUUUCGACUUUGCGAUAAGCUAAAGGACUGCUGGGAUGGAAGGGAUGAAUCAAACUGUACGAAUCAUCUUCUACCCAUGCGCCAGGUGUCGACAAUAGAAGUUAUACUGGAUGAUAUGGAUUAUGAGGUCAUUCAAUUGCGUUGGUGGAUAGAUAUGACCGAGCCACUGGCAUAUUUUAAACCCAGCCUUUGUGACAAAGCCUCCAACUCCUGUUUGAACACAACAAUUUGGACGAACCAGACGCACUACGAAAUGAGGAAUGGAAAAGACGGCAUAGAAAUAUUUCCUUUCUGGAGGUACUAUGUGAAAAUCUUUGUCAAGAUUGGAAAGCAGGAAUACCCACCCGGCGUUUACAACUACUUCAAAACAACUCAAUCAGAACCUGGUGUGCCACUCCGAGUGCAAGUUUCUCAGAUACGUUAUAAUCGCGUAAAUGUAUCCUGGGCACGACCAGCCUACGCAAACGGAUAUUCUAAAGAGUUCCAAGUUUACAGCGAUCCAUUAAUUUGGAACGAUUUCGUGUGGGGUGGUGAUUAUUUUGAAACAUGGCGUGAAUUGGGUAGAUAUUGAGAUCCCUGCAGAUUUUACAAACAUA